AACUUAAACAAAUAGAGAUACUGGGCUGACCAAGGGCUAUGUUGUCUCUGUAAACAACCUCAGAGUUUCCAGUUUUCUUGCCACACAGGUACACCGAGGAGCUCAGAACAAUAGUGCUUUUAGGUGUAGGAGAAUCUUAAUGUCAGCAACAUGGGGCAUCAGGUGAUCGUAUUAGACUUUGCGGCCAUCAGAGGAAUGUGGGAGAUUCGGGUUAAGAAGCACAAAGAACGGGAAAAAAAGGAGAAGCAACGAAUAGCCCAAAGCGCAUUAGAAAAGAUAAGGCAAGAAUGGGACAUUAUCCUAGAGUGCAGAAGAAAUGGCAUUCCACAAGCUGCAUAUCUGAAUAAUGGUGUCGUAGAUACUAACAAAAUUUUGGACAAGGUUGAAAACAACUCGCCGCUCAUUAAGAAGAUUACCUUGUUGAAUGAAACACAGAAAGAAAGAAACAAAUUCAUUUUUCACCUUUCAGGAGAACACUGGACAGAAUUUCCAGAUUCUCUGAAAGAACAAACACAUCUAAAAGAAUGGCAUAUAAGCAAUACUAUGAUCACAACCAUUCCAGCCUACAUUGCCUUAUUUCAGGAGCUGAGAGUACUAGAAUUACCAAGCAACCUGAUCACAGAGCUUCCGACUGAAAUUGGUUGGUUUGUUUUACAGCUAAGUAACUUGAAAAAAGUGACCUUUGUCGAUGUGUCAGCAAACAGUUUCCCCUCAAUUCCAAUAUGUGUGCUGCGGAUGUCGAGUUUGCAGUGGUUGGAUAUGAGCAGCAACAACCUCAAAGAUCUCCCACAAGACAUAGACAGGCUGGAAGAAUUGCAAACUCUUCUCCUGCAGAAAAACGAGCUUACUUAUCUUCCACAAGCUUUGGUCAACAUGUCGAAGCUCACUUUACUGGCAGUGAGUGGCGAUAAGUUGGUUAAGAUGCCCACAGCUAUAUGUGAGUCAACCACAGGUUUAAAAUUUAUAAGCCUCAAGGAUAACCCUCUUGAAACAACCUCAUUUCAAGAGAUUGACGAAAUAACAGAAAGUGACCGUGAUCGUGAGCUGUUUGAAAAAGAAUUUAUGAAAGCCUACAUUACAGACCUCAGAGAAAGAGAGACUGUUCCUUGCUACACUACAAAAGUAUCACUUAGUGUCCAAAUAUGAGGUCUGGGAUUCAUACAUCAUCAGAGAACCCAAAGGUUUAAUUUUGCCAUAACAAAUGGGAAAAACCAUCUUUAGUAUUAAGUGCCAAUAUAAGCUCAGAAGAAGAAGAAGAAGAAAAAGAAGAAGAAGAAGCUAUCAGUGUUUAUGGGAGUUUUGUUGCAUUAGCUUCAAAUGACCAGGCUAUGAUGUGAUAGUUGUACUCACCAUGUGACUCUGUCUACCAUUGCAAAAUGUUUCUUAUGUGAAAAUAGUCGAUUCUUUAAAAUGCGUGAGACGCUGUAAUUUUUUUAGACCAAAAACAGGCAUCUGAAUUAAGAUCUUCCCUUCUGUACUGACCAUUUCUGUGUAUGUGUCCGGUCUACUGCAGCACUGUAAGAAUCAAUGCCUAAUUAAAGCUGUUUUCCAGGCAGAGGGUUUGCUGCAAAUGCCAGGUGUCCAAGACUAGCGUAUCUGACACUUACAGCUCACAAGAGGACUAUCCCAAUCCCCCAGCUGGGUGGGAUCAGCACACCAUCACUAUCAAAUCAGUGACUGUGGUGCUCGGUUGGUACCAUUUCCUAGAAGUACCUUCUCCCACUUCCUAUUUAGUGGGACAGUCACCAGGGAAAGCUUCUGUCUGAACAGAGCCUUGGCUAAUGGCAAUUUCCCUGUAAUUGUAUCCUCGGAGAAAAGGUGAUUGCUUGCAGUUAACGUGUUUACUCUGCUGUUCAGAACUGUCUUUUCCCCAUGCUGCUUUACAGCUGAAAUUACUGUCAGAAAUAUAGAGACUGCAGCGCAGAAUUCUGCACGGAUAUGCCAGAUGUGUGCACAGUUCUGGGGUGUCACCCCCCCGAGUCUUCUCACAGCAGCUUCAAAGCUUUCUGAAUGCAGGAGGGUUUAAGAAAGCAAUUUGCAGUUGAGCAUGGCUCUGGCAAAAGUAAAUUAGAACAGAGUAAACAAAGAAACAGGGCCUUUUUGCUGUGAUUGUUGGAGCAAGAGUUUGCCUCAUCCAGUUCUGCUUCUUAUACAUCCCUGGGUGGCUUGGGAUAUAGAGCACAAACGGGAACUGCCAUUUGGGAAUGCGUUUGAUUGUAUUUUCAAAAUCUUCAUUAAGAGGAAUAGCUAAGUAUGCCAACUGAGUAGGAAAAACUAGCCUGGCCUGUUCUUGUGUAUUUCACAGCAACUUGAUAUGCAGAAUUCAGCUGGUAAUGAUUUUUUUCUUGCUGCAAACAGCUUCAGCACUUGCCAGUAACAGGUGUAUAUUAAGCUACUGCUGACGACAUAGUUAUAGCUUCCAGUUGAAAAGUUGGCAACCCAAAUUAUGACACAGCGGCAGUUCUUCUGACAAGUAGCUUAUUACAGUUUGAGAGAUUUGUUAGAACUAUAAGAGAAAAAAGAGCUCAGGAAACACAUUUCAGCUUUUAAAAAGCUAGAGUAAUGUUUUAAAACUAGGCACUUUUCAUUAGUAAUGUUAAUUCUGAAAUGGCAGUAUUUUUCUGUUAUAAAAAUAUUUUUAUUUUGUUUCACUGCCACAGCCGUAAGUUCACUUUCUCUUAUGACGGUUUAGUUGUUUUGUAGUCUGUCGUAACUUUUUUUGUAUGUGUACAGUAGACUUUCAAAAUGAUUUUGUUUUGCAUAGUUAUUUUUUUCAUUCGUUCAAUAAACCAUACUGAUAACCUG